AGUGAAACGUAAACAUAAAAUUGUUGCAAUAAUGCAGUUUUCUCAGUGACUUUUAAUUUGUUAGUUGCUCAGAAUUUCCGGCAACAUGGAAGCAGUGGUGGAAGAUGUCGUAGCUCCAGAAGAUUUAAAGAGGUUUGAGAAAAAAUACAGCUUGGAACUGGCAAAAGGGGCUGUGUCCAAAGACACGAAAUUUGAGUAUGCAUGGUGUUUAAUCAGAAGUAAAUAUACGAACGACAUAAGGAAAGGGAUUCAGCUAUUAGAGGAGCUGGUACAGAAGAGCACAAAGGAUGACCAAAGGGACUUUCUUUUUUAUCUGGCUGUUGCAUACUACAGACUUAAGGAAUAUGAGAAAGCUCUAAAGUACAUUCGCAUUCUGCUUAAGAAUGAACCUGGAAAUAAGCAGGCCAUUGAGUUGGAAAAGCUCAUCAAUCAGGCACUAAAGAAAGAUGGCCUGGUUGGCAUGGCUAUUGUUGGGGGCAUCGGCUUGGGCGUGGCAGGAUUAGCAGGACUGAUUGGGUUGGCUGUGGCCAAAUCUGGAAAAUCCUAACAAGGAAAUGAGGCGUUAUAGCUCCGAAAGAACAAGGUCGAUUAAAAACCAUGAAGAUUGGCUUAUCAUCAUUAAACAGGAUGUGGACUGCCUAAUAUAUCUUAUGUUGUUUUCUUUUCUGUUUUUUUUUCUGCUUUUUUAACUUGCAUAAAAAGAAAUAAUCACAGCAUCACUUUUACAGAAUAGCCUCAUAUUUUAUCUUUUUUGUGCAUGUGUAUUAAAAUCUUUGAGUGAAAUAUCUACAUAAUAAGUAUUUCCUUUCACACGUGUUUAAAACACAAAAACAUAAUGGCAGUGUAAAUUGUUAGCAGGUUCUAAUUAUAACUAGAGUUGUUACACUGUAACACCUUAAGUUCAUAUUUAUACAUUUUGCAUAACAUAUGUGCAAUACAUAAAUCUGUUUCCAUGCA